AUGCUUCAGCGAAUAUCAUCGAAACUUCACAGGCGAUUCUUAUCAGGUCUGCUGCGUGUCAAACACUACCCCUUAAGGCGGAUUCUGCUCCCACUCAUUCUACUGCAGAUCAUCAUUAUAACGUUCAUCUGGUCGAAUUCACCUCAGCGUAAUGGACUUGGGCAAGAAGCUGAUUAUCUACUACCCAAUUACAACGAAAUUGACAGUGAUGACGAUUCUUGGUAUGGGCUCCUGACUUCGUCUUUCAAAAAUGAUCGCAGGAUCCAGUUCGCUAAGACCUUAUAUGAAAAUUUAAAAUUUAGCACCAACCCUAAAUGGGUCAAUGAAUAUACCCUACAAAAUGACCUGCUCUCGGUCAAGAUGGGCCCUCAAAAGGGCACCAAGCUCGAAUCCGUCGAUGACUUGAAGUUCUACGACUUCGAUCCUCGUCUCACGUGGUCCGUUGUUCUCAACCAUUUGCAAAAUAAUAGCGCAGAUAAGCCAGAGGAAUUACCCUUUUCCUGGUACGACUGGACAACUUUCCACGAGCUGAACAAGUUAAUUUCUAUAGACAAAACCGUUCUGCCUUGUAAUUUUCUUUUCCAAUCCGCUUUCGAUAAAGAGUCUUUGGAGGCCAUCGAGGCAGAGCUUGACGAGCCUUUGUUCCUAUACGAAAGACCAAAAUACACACAAAAACUGUGGUACAAGGCGGCUAGAAAGCAGGACAGAAUCAAGGACACAAAGGAACUGAAAAAGCAUUGCUCUAAGCUGUUUACUCCGGAUGGACAUGGCACUCCUAAGGGCUUAAAAUUUAGCACGCAGUUCCAAAUAAAGGAGCUGUACGAUAAAGUCAGACCAGAAGUUUACCAAUUGCAGGCAAGAAACUACAUUUUGACUACUCAGUCGCAUCCACUAUCCAUUUCCAUCAUUGAAUCGGAUAACUCCACAUACCAGGUACCCUUGCAAACUAACAAGUCGAAGAAUUUGGUGCAAUCCGGCCUGUUGCAGGAGUAUAUUAAUGAUAACAUUAAUUCUACAAACAAGAGAAGAAAAAAAAAUAAACAGGACGUGGAGUUCAACCACAAUAGGUUUUUCCAGGAAUUCAUCACCAACGACCAAGUGAACUCCCUAUAUAAACUCGACAUCAAGGAAACUGAUAAAUCCACUUUUAAUAGAGACUUGGUUCAUUUGUCCCCUUCGGAUUUUAAGUUCGAUGCGUCCAAGAAAAUUGAGGAGUUAGAGUCACAGAGGAAACUCAAUCCGGACAAAUUUUCCGCACAUAAUGAGAAUUAUUUAAACAGUUUGAAGAAUUCCGUAAAGAUAAACCCUGCGUUGCAAAGAAAGUUCUUCUAUGAGGCGGGUGCCGUAAAACAGUAUAAAGGUAUGGGGUUCCAUCGUGACAAAAGAUUUUUCAACGGUGAUACUUUAAUUAAUGAUAAGCAAGAAUACCAGGCAAGGUUAAAUGCGAUGAUUAGAACUUUCCAAAAGUUUACUAAGGCCAAUGGCAUCAUAUCCUGGUUGUCUCAUGGAACACUAUACGGCUAUCUUUACAAUGGGAUGGCUUUUCCUUGGGAUAACGAUUUCGACUUGCAAAUGCCCAUAAAGCAUUUACAGUUGCUCAGUCAGUACUUUAAUCAAUCUCUUAUAUUGGAAGACCCAAGACAGGGCAAUGGUCGUUACUUCCUUGACGUCAGCGACUCCUUGACAGUAAGAAUCAAUGGUAAUGGUAAAAACAAUAUCGAUGCAAGAUUCAUUGACGUUGACACCGGUCUUUAUAUUGAUAUUACCGGCCUAGCUAGUACUUCCGCCCCCAGUAGAGAUUACUUAAAUUCGUACAUUGAAGAACGCUUGCAGGAAGAACAUUUGGACAUCAAUAAUAUCCCUGAAUCGGACGGUGAGACCGCCACUUUGCCCGACAAAGUAGAUGAUGGGUUAGUCAAUAUGGCUACUCUAAACAUCACCGAAUUACGUGAUUACAUUACCGGUGACGAAAAUAAGAGCCAUAAAAGGGUCCCCACUGAUACUGAUUUGAAAGAUCUUUUGAAAAAGGAACUGGAAGAUAUACCAAAAUCCAAGACCAUUGAAAACAAGUUGAACCCUAAACAAAGAUAUUUCCUUAACGACAAACUCAAGCUUUACAACUGUAGAAACAACCAUUUUAAUUCCUUCGAAGAGUUGUCCCCCUUAAUCAAUACUAUUUUUCAUGGUGUACCGGCGUUGAUUCCUCACAGACAUACCUACUGUUUGCACAAUGAAUACCAUGUUCCUGAUAGAUAUGCGUUUGAUGCUUACAAAAACACAGCUUAUUUGCCCGAAUUCAGAUUCUGGUUCGAAUAUAACAAUUUAAAGAAAUGCAGUAACAUUAAUUCGUGGUAUCCAAACAUUCCUAGCAUCAACUCAUGGAACCCGAACCUUUUGAAAGAAAUAUCAUCCACGAAAUUUGAGUCUAAACUUUUCGAUUCCAAUAAGGUCUCUGAAUAUUCUUUUAAAAACCUAUCCAUGGACGACGUUAGCUUAAUUUAUAAAAAUAUUCCAAGAGCUGGUUUUAUCGAGAUAUUCACUAACUUGUACAAUUCCUUCAAUGUCACUGCAUAUAGGCAAAAGGAAUUGGAAAUUCAAUAUUGCCAAAACCUGACAUUUAUUGAAAAAAAAAAGCUACUACAUCAAUUGCGUAUUAAUGUCGCUCCUAAGUUAAGUUCCCCCGCAAAGGACCCAUUUCUUUUUAGUUAUGAAAAGGCCAUGUGGGAAGAUUUAUCAAAAUCUAUGAACCAGACUACGUUAAAUCAAAUUGCCAAGAUGGUUCAUGAGGAAUACGUCGGGAAAAUUAUCGAUUUGUCUGUAGGUUUAAAAUACAGGAAUUUUUCACUUUUCAAUAUUACUUUUGAUGAAACUGGAGCACUUCCAGAUGAUAACACUAAUGAUUAUACCCCCGCUAACACUGUUGAUAUAAAUCCUGUGGAUUUCAGAUCGAAUUUAAACUUCAGUAGUAACGCCUUUUUGAAUCUAAAUUCAUAUGGUUUAGAUCUUUUUGCACCCACUUUAUCCGAUGUUAAUAGGAAGGGUAUUCAAAUGUUUGAUAAGGAUCCUAUUAUCGUAUACGAGGACUAUGCGUACGCCAAAGUACUUGAAGAAAGAAAGAAGAGGGAAAAGAAGAAGAAGGAAGAAGAGGAAAAGAAGAAGAAGGAAGAGGAAAAGAAGAAGAAGGAAGAGGAAAAGAAGAAGAAGGAAGAAGAAAAGAAGAAAAAAGAAGAAGAGGAGAAGAAGAAGAAGGAAGAAGAGGAGAAGAAGAAGAAGGAAGAAGAGGAGAGGAAGAAGAAGGAAGAAGAGGAAAAGAAGAAAAAGGAAGAAGAGGAAAAGAAGAAGAAGGAAGAAGAGGAGAGGAAGAGGAAGGAAGAAGAGGAGAAGAAGAAGAAGGAAGAAGAGGAGAAGAAGAAGAAGGAAGAAGAGGAGAAGAAGAAGAAGGAAGAGGAAGACAAAAACAAUCAAAAUCUAGAGACCCAGAUUGAGAAUUCAUGA